AUGUUGGAUAACUGGUCCAGGACAAACCGGUCCCUGCUGUCCCUGUCCCUGACCUCCAUGGCCCUGACGCUGUCGGUGUUGGCCUUCUGUACCUCGUACUGGUGCGUUGGGACUCACAAGGUGGUGAAGCCGGUGUGUCUGUCUCCUGUCAAGAUGAAGAACUGUGGCCAGAACAACAGCCAGCCCUACACCACAGAGGCCCCAACUCCAGACCCCAGAAUGAAGGCGUCAAACGUGACCCUGUCGCCGGAGCAGAAGGAGGAGUUAGCGCGGCUAAGGAAGAGGCAGCUAGCUAACGCGGUACAGUAUAUCUGGGAGACCGGCGAAGACAAGUACAUGCUCCGGUACUUCCACACCGGCUUCUGGCUGUCCUGCGAGAAACACCAGACGGGGAGCGACACAGAGGAGAAAUGUAGGAGCUUCAUCGAGCUGACUCCAGGAGAGACACAAGGUGUGUUGUGGCUCUCGGUCUACAGUGAGUUCACGUACAUCGGGCUGCUGGCCAUGGGUUUCCUGCUCAUGUGCAUCGAGUGCAUCUGUCUCUGCACCAAACGAGAGAUGAACGCUUUGAAGAUCAACGCCUACGCCGCCAUGUGCACCGUGCUCUCCGGGAUGAUGGGCAUGGUGGCUCACAUGAUGUACACCACAGUCUUCCAGAUGACCGUCAGCAUUGGCCCCAAAGACUGGAGACCUCAGUCCUGGGACUAUGGAUGGUCCUUUGCAAUGGCGUGGCUGUCGUUCAGCUGCUGCAUGGCCGCUGCUGUAGCGACUCUGAACUCUUACACAAAGACCCUCAUCGAGAUGAAGCACCGCGCUCGUGUGCGGCUGGAGGAGGCGCGCACCGCGGCCUGCGCUCCGUCCUACGAGGAGGUGAUCCGAGGAGGAGGCCUCUUCUCCAUCAGUCAGCUCAUUCAGCUGGCCCAGCAGGGCCUCAUGAUGGACCCCCAUUGGGCCCAGGGAAUGAGCCCCACUGUGGGGCCCCUGGCCUGUGGAGCAGGGGGCGCUCUGCUGGUAGGAGGAGGGGGCCUGGGGGUGGGAAUGGGGGCCGGCCAGAUGGGGGCCGUGGGGGCCAGUGUGGCUGCUGCUCUAGGGGCUGGUCUGGGCUCAAGUGUAGGCUCAAGUCUGGGCUCAGGUCUGGGUCUGGGUGCAGAGACACUGGGAGCGCCUAGGGGCCGGCUGGGGGACCCUCACGGGGUGGUGAUGCUGGAGGGCUGUGGCUCUGAAGGCUGUGAGGACUGUGAGCGAGAGAUGGACGAGAUGGACUUCAGUCUGCAGGAGGAGACCGGCUCCAUCUGCUGA